AUGCAAGCUAUAUCUGGUCUUCUACUGGCCCUAGCCAUCAUCAGUGCAGCAGCAGCAACUAAUGAAGGAGGAUCACCUUCUCUAAUUACUGAAGAGAAGGUUAAUGGUACUCUGGUUAGAUCAGUGUAUCUUCAAAUAUUACGUGGUAGAGAUGGUCGUGAUGGACUACCAGGAAGAGAUGGAGUGAAAGGAGAGAGAGGAGAUAAGGGAGAGAAAGGUGAAACUGGAGCAAGAGGAGACACUGGUCCUAAAAGUGGAGGAGUAGUGUACACUCAUUGGGGAAGGAAGUCCUGUCCUACUGGAGUUGAACUACUGUAUGAGGGAAUAGCUGGAGGUGGUCACUACAGUCAUACAGGAGGAGGAGCUAACUAUGUCUGUUUACCAAAGGUCCCUCAAUAUAUGAGUGCACAUGUACCUUCAACAUAUUAUGCUCUAAUGUAUGGUACUGAAUAUCAAAAUGUUAAUGGUAUAUUUCCAGGAAAGCAUGAUCACAAUGUUCCUUGUGCA